UUCACUCCAAAUGCAUGUCAUAGAGGAUCGUCUCUCGCUCCCUCUUUCGCUCUCUCCCUCUUUCUUGUCCUCCACUUUGGUCCAACCUACAGCAUUCGUGCUCACGGCCAACACACUCAGCGACUCAAAGAGGCCGACUUCUGCCAAAGCCGCUCUGGCUCGACUACUGGCGACAUGCGCUAGACAAUACCCCAACAACAAUUCGGUAGGUAACCGGCUUGUCUUGUUAGCUAGUCUAUGA